GAGGUUAGGGACUGGGGAGCCGGUCUCGCGGCGCCCAAGUGAAUCCGUCGGGCUCGGGGACCCAGCGGAUCCCCCCGCGCCCGCCUCCCUCUCCGCCGGUGCGAGUGGGGCGGCGCGCUCCGCAGGGCGAGCAGCUGAGCGACCCUCAGUGCUGCGGCCCCCCGCGCCCCAGCCCGCCUCGCCCGGGCCGCGGGAGGCGCCCCUCACUCUCCCCCCGGGCGGGGGAGCCCAAGGCAGCGCCGGAGCCCGGGGGGAGCGCGGCCGCGCCGGCCAGGGCAGGGGGCAGGCAGCCGGGACGGCCCCGGUCUAGGUGGUGGCCGAAGAGGGCCAGAGGCAAGCAGAGGGAGCAAUGGUUGGUCCUGACGGUGGCUGAGCCCCCAGCCCCUGGAAUAUGCAGCCCGGAGGAGCCCCAGGCAAGGACACGGUGGCGGAGUGGGGCGGGAGGCAUGGUCUCCACCUACCGGGUGGCCGUGCUCGGGGCGCGAGGUGUGGGCAAGAGUGCCAUCGUGCGCCAGUUCCUAUACAACGAGUUCAGCGAGGUCUGUGUGCCCACCACCGCCCGCCGCCUCUACCUGCCUGCUGUGGUCAUGAACGGCCAUGUGCACGACCUCCAGAUCCUGGACUUUCCACCCAUCAGCGCCUUCCCUGUCAACACACUGCAGGAGUGGGCAGAUGCCUGCUGCAGGGGACUCCGGAGCGUCCACGCCUACAUCCUGGUCUAUGACAUCUGCUGCUUUGACAGCUUUGAGUACGUCAAGACUAUCCGUCAGCAGAUCCUGGAGACGAGGGUGAUCGGCACCUCCGAGACGCCCAUCAUCAUCGUGGGCAACAAGCGCGACCUGCAACGCGGACGCGUGAUUCCGCGCUGGAACGUGUCGCACUUGGUGCGGAAGACCUGGAAGUGUGGCUACGUGGAGUGCUCGGCCAAGUACAACUGGCACAUCCUGCUGCUCUUCAGCGAGCUGCUCAAGAGUGUGGGCUGCGCCCGCUGCAAACACGUGCACGCCGCCCUGCGCUUCCAGGGCGCGCUGCGCCGCAACCGCUGCGCCAUCAUGUGAUGCUGCGUGCGCCCUGCUGCAGCACUGUCCCAGCGGAAGAGAGGCCAGGGCGGGGUCAGCCUCCCUCGGGACACGUGGGCUAGAGCGGAAUCCCCGGAGGAGAACUCUGGGCUCCCGGCCUGAAGCACUCCUGCAGCCACACACCUCCCCCACGAGAAUCAGAGGGCGAGAGGGAGCCUCCCCGCCACUCCCCAGUCCUCCCCUCCAACCUGGGUCUCCCUGGGACAGCCACCUUCAGUGCUGUAGUGUAGUGCCCGGCCCCAGGGGGCGCCACAAUCUGAGGGCUGAGCGUGUGAAAUGGAGGGUAGGAUGAGGAGGUGCUGUCUUGGCCGGGCCCCUGCUCAUCUUCCCUACAGUGUGUCUGUCUUUGCCACGUGUCCCCUUUUGCAAUGUCUGUCCACUCAAGUAUCUGUCCGUCCUCAUUUGUCCUGUCUUCCCUUCAGUGUCCCUCCCUGUCCCCCAGCUCCGCUCACAGGGCUCUCAUUUCGUCCAUCCCCUUGUCGCAGGUCCUGGCAGCUUUGCGAUGCCUUCUCACCGGCAGCGCCACCGGCACAGGGCAGAGAGAGGCAAGUGGCCCAAGGACCAAAGCCAAGGGGUCCGAGGGCUGAGGUCCCACAGCCGUCAGGGAGAGAAGGCAGAGCUCUUCCUCAUCCAGGGAGACCUCCCUGCCCAGCAGCCCCCAGAGACGCAACCACCUACUUUCCAGCCUUAACUCAAUGGUCCCUGCCGGGUGCCCCUCACCCUUCCUGACCCCAAAGCCAGAUGGGCCCCGGGCUAAAAUUCCUUUUGUUUGACAGUGUGGAGAGGAAAUUCCCCUAAGGAUAGUUUUCUCUCCAUGAUGCUAGGUCCUACUUCUGCAUUACCUCCUGCACUGGGAUGGUCUGCUCUAUUAUGGAAGGUUGAGUUGUGGGGGACUGGGGGUGGUGGGCAAGGUGGUGCCCAGGAGGGGGUCAGGUUAUGCCAAUGGUAAUUCUGUGUCCCAGUGCCACCUCAGUCCAACUGCUUAAGACUCUGCCUCCAUCAGGUCUCAGGUUGUCUUGAUCAGUCUGUGUAGGGGCAGAGCUGAGAAAAGAAUAAGGGAGCUUCUUGUGCCUGGGGGAGCUAGGCAUGCAUCCCCACCCAUAGGUGGAGGCCCUCAGGAUCUGACCCCUUGUCCUAACACCAGGUUGGCCCUAUGCCCUAACUCACCCACCCCAUUUUCCCCGGCUGCCUGGCCGGGUUUCUACCUCUCGUCACCGGAGCUGAUCACUGUCAGUUUUGUACCGAUUUAGAAAUAAUAAUCCUGGAGAUUCUAGGAAUGGCCUGAGGGACUGGUGGGGGACUUGGAGGGAGGGAGGGAGGAAGAAAUGGUGGUGCCACGUCCCCUGCCCCGGCCGGCCGAAGAGAGUUCUUGAGGCAGACCCCUCAGCCUCAGCCCUGGUCCAGUUGGGAGGAUAAUAAGGACCCUUUGUUAAGAGGGGUACAUAGGAUGCCUGGCCUUUUCCCGGGCUACAGUGCACAGACCAGGAAAUCAGGUACCCAGAGAGGUUAUGGGGAGGGAUCUGGGGGCGGGGGUAGGGGUGGGGAAUUUGUGGUGUUCCCGUGUGGGAGGGAAUCCAUGAUUCUCUCUUCUGCUUCACCUACUGAAUCCCACUCCCUCCACCCAGCGGGGCACUGCAGUACAGCAGCAGCAGCCCUGACCGUGGGCAGCCCAGCAUUCUGGGUUCUAGUCCUUGCUGUCCUGCAAAAUUGGGGGCUAGUAACUUGCCCUCUCUGAGCCUCCCUCUGAAAUAGAGGUGGUGGCUCCCCUUCCCCACACUUCAGAGUGGCUGGAAGGGUUAGGAGAGAUGCCCACUUUCCUCUCCUGCAGCCCCACCCCUGGUUCCACGGGGCGUGGGGUAAAGAUGGUAGCAUCUCAUGUGCCCGUUCACCCCCCCCCCAACUCUGAGGCACUUGAGGCGAGGGUGGGGGGAUCCAGGCCUCUCUCUCUGGCUGCCCCCCCCCGGGGGGAAACCAUUGGAAUGUAGCCCCCCUCACCCUUUCCUCUUCAUCCCAGGUCUUGGAUUUCAGGUCCCUUCACCCUCAUUCUGAGUCUCUGUCCUUCCCUUCCCCAACCAGGGUUUCCCACACAGGGUCUGGAAGUGUGUGACACCCAUUGAGCUGUUAUCGGAAGUCAGAUUAAAAAUCAGGGAGUGUUUUCCCUCGUUUCUCUACCUCGGUGUCAGCU